ACCAAAGAGUAAUUCCUGCAGUCACGAAAGCACCUAAUCAAGUUCGACCAAAUAUAUGUGAACAUUUAAGCCAUGUUUAUGCUUUGACUCUUUGGUGGAAGAAUGUCGAUGUUGACAAAAAAAUAGUGGAGGACCUUUACAUAAUGAAUAAAAACAAUCCUUUCUGUACUUUAAUCUACCAUGCAUUACUGAUCCUACCAUGAUGAUUCUACAUAAAAUGCUCUAUGUUUUGUUUACAGGUGGAUGGGCUGCGUGUGACUCCUCCGAUCUUCAUGUCAGGGGUGUACAUCCAACUGAGUGGAUCCUACGUUGUGCUCGAGACCGAUUUCAAUCUGGUUGUUCGGUUUGAUGGGAACCACCAUGUGGAGAUAGUCGUGCCCGGAGAAUACGCAGGAGAACUGUGUGGCAUCUGUGGGAACUUUAAUGGAGAUGGCUCAGAUGACAAUCUGAAGCCUGAUGGGUCAGCAGCAGCCUCAUCAAACGAGCUGGGAAACAGCUGGAGAGUGUUCAACAGCUCCGAUGAUGAUUGUCAAGAUGGUACCGGGGAAAUACCUCCAUGUGAUGAGAAUGACAAGGACGUGUAUGAAUCAGAUUCAUUCUGUGGAAUAAUCAUUGACGAUGAGGGAGCUUUCAAAGAGUGCCACGCGGUGCUGCCUCCACAAGUCUUCUUCGACAACUGCGUGUUCGACCUGUGUGCCACGGACGGGGACCACGGCUCGCUGUGCCAGGCCCUGCAGGCCUACGCUGACCAGUGCGCCCAAGCUGGGGUCAUCGUCACGUGGAGGAACAACACCUUCUGCCCAUUCCCGUGUGAACCGGGCAGCCACUAUGAGAGCUGUGCCCCACCGUGCCCGGCCACUUGCAGCAACGCAAGUCUCCCGGGUGGCUGCAACCAGCAAUGUGCAGAGGGCUGUGUCUGUGACGACGGCUUCGUUCUAUCUGGGGACAAGUGUGUCCCCGUGGAGCUGUGCGGCUGCCUGGACUUUGACGACCAGUACCAUCCGGUCAGUUAAUUGAUUUUGCAUGACCAAGCAAUGCAUGUAAUUGGUUACAAUGUCCUGUCUCAUGGUUUUGAUGAAAUUGAGUUGUGUGCAGUAGAAUACAUUGAUGUCUCGUGUUUCAGAAAGAAGUUGUGUUUAUAUGUAUUGAUUAAGUUGAGUGGCUUUAAUAAGACAAUACGCUUUUUAAACAAUUCAACUUGCAAAGUCAAUCUUGUUCCAGCAUCAUCUAAUGUUAUCACUCUAUCUCCGCAGCGGUGAUACUGUUGGUUUCCAUUCCGUCAGUCUCAUCCAUUGAUUAUCAUUUCAUUCCAGCGAUGUAACCUGCCCAAGUCCACUUACUUUUCUUAAAAGUCAGUAUUAAUUGCAGUUCUGUAUAUUUUUUCUGGGGAUAUGGUUUGCGAUGAUGUCGCACACUGUGAACGAUCGCUACCCUGACGAAUAGGCAGUGGUGGCAGGGCCCUCCUUCCAUGCUGCUGAUGAAGCGGCAGUCGUCUGGCUCUGCAAAACGAGCUCACUGAUCCACGUGUUCUC